ACCAGGCAUUCGCUAUGUUUUGUUGUUGCCGCCACGACUUGCGCUCGUAAAGCUGAAUAAACUUCGCCUUUUCCAGCUCUCUCCUCGUUUAUUUAGCCGCGUCUGCUCGAACAUGACUUCGUGUCCGCACUGCCAGCAGUCGGGCGCGGCGGAGGGAGCGGCGGGGACGGGACGGCGGCCACUUCUGGAAAAACUAUUACCGGAUGGAUAUGUCCAUUUGGUGUGCUCCUACGAGGAGACGGCACAGACUCACUUUAGGGCGCAGAUUAAACUGAGGAUUACCUCAGAAGGUGAGGUUCAUAAAUGGCUGGAGGAUUUCCAGACCUCCUCUGGGGUGACCUGGAGGAUCUCCAAAACGUAUCCCAAUAGUGGACGCUACAACGCGUACAGGGUGAACCUGCGGUGUCAGCACAACACCUUUCCCAAAUCAGUUGUGAAAAAGACCAAAAACACGUCAUGCGGCGCCACCAUGUACCUGAUGCUGAAGAGACACACCUACAGCCAGAACAGGAAGUCAAGGUCUGGGGAUCCUCACAUUAAAGACGGCUACCUGUUGAAUGUCAAUCUCAAACACGAGCACAACCACCCGCUGUCGUGUGCGGACGCCGUGCGGAGACGAGCCGUCUCGGACGAGACCGUGGCCAAACUGAAGACGCUGUUUGAGAGCGGCCACUCGCCCUCCUCCGCCCUGCACACCAUCAAGUUCGACCUGCAGGAGCAGGAGGGGGACAACUAUUUGACCGCUGCUACAGACCACUCCAUCUGUCCUGACAUCCAGUUCUGCUUCAGGCUGUACUACAGGCUCUUCCAGAGACGGUACCGUUCUCCGUCAGGUGAGGAGCUGCUGGUGGAGCUGCAGGACCGACUCCAGCAGUACAACAGGCUGCAGGCCGACACCAGCGCCAAAAUGGAACAAACUGAGGACGGCCAGUUGGUCGUUGCUGUAUGCACCCCGCUCAUGAAGAGGGUGCACACGAAGCUGAGAGAGAGCGGAGAAAUCAUCUUUGUGGAUUCAUCGGGAAAUUGCGGCCGCCAGAAGCACCGGAUAUUUCUCCUCCUGACCCACUCGGCCGCCGGGGGGCUGCCGCUGGGGGUGAUAGUGACGACGUCAGAGAGCCAGUCCACCAUCACAGCCGGGCUGCAGCUGCUGCAAACCCUCCUGCCCGGCGGUGGGUUUUUUGGACGGAAACAGCCUCAGGUGGUCAUGACGGACGACUGCAGGGCUCUGCGUCAGUCCCUGCAGGCCGUGUUCCCCGAGGCCAAGCUGCUGCUGUGUGUGUUCCACCAGCUGCAGGCCAUGUGGAGGUGGCUGUGGAACGCCCACAACGGCGUGGCCAAGCAAGACCGACCGCAGCUCCUCAACUUGUUCAAGAGCCUCGUGUACGCCGACUCCACCCUGGCACUGAUAGCACAGUACAACAGAUGUCUCGCCGACGCCGUUGCCAUGAAAUAUCCUCGAUUCCUCCACCACCUGGCAGAGGUCUAUGAGAGACAUGAAGAGUGGGCCGUCUGUCUUCGCGAUGAUUUCCCGACCAGAGGGCCCAACGGCAGCAGUUUUGUGGAGAGUGCUGUCAAAGUGAUGAAGGAGAAGGUCCUCCACAGGCUGAAGGCGUACAACGCCACUCAGCUGGUGGAUUUUGUCACCAGCAGGAUGGAGGGCUACUACGUCCGCCGCCUCAACGACGUAGCAAACAACAGAAUGGCCGGGCUUGCCAGAGCAAAGCCUCUCCUUCAUGCAAAUGAUGUGGAUGGUGAAAUCAUUGUACAGGUAGACCAGAAUCACUACGUGGUUCAAAGUGCAACAUCUGAGUUGCAGUAUGACGUCAACUUGGCGAUCGGAUGCUGCACGUGUGCGGUCGGAGUCACUGGUGCGCCCUGCAAACACCAAAACGCAAUCCUGAGCAAGUUUGGCCAUCAUGAGAUCUUCCUGCACGUCACCACACCUCAGAUGAGGAGGCUGUACCGGGAGAUCGCAACCGGUAGUGAGGGUGUUUUGCCAGAGUUAGGUGACAGCAGCCAUGUGAGUGCCAGUCCUGGACGAGGCACAUCUGGCGAGCAGCUGCAGGAGACGGUCCAGCCUGACGACAGGAUGGAGCUGCCCGACUACAGCAGGCAGCUGAUGCAGCAGCUGUGGGCCUUGAAGAAGGAAGGCCACCUGUGUGACUGCACCAUCCUGGUGGGAGACAGUCAGCACCGCGCACACAAGCUGGUGCUGGCCGCCUCCAGCAUGCUCUUCAGGUCUCUCCUGGACGGCUCAGACACCAUCUCCAUCGACACGGCCGUGGUUUCCUCGCAGGAGUUUGGCUGCCUGCUGGACAUGGUCUACACGGGCCGGCUGCCCGUGGGCAAGCACAACGUCAGCCGCAUCGUGGCCGCCGCAGAGAGCCUGCAGAUGUUCGACGUGGCCGUCGGCUUCAAGAACAUCCUCAGCAGCCUGGUGAGCCCGCCGGCCGCCGUGCCACCCGCACACGGCCGGGACCCCCGGCUCCAGAACGCCGAGGGGCAAACCGCAUCCGCUGAAGGAGAACCCUCAGCCGAGAAGGAGGCCCGGACGCCCGGCAGGACCAAGAUCAUGAACGCCACGCUGAGCAGCCUGGCCGUGAUUCCAGAGAGCAUCAUCUGUCUCAAGGCUGAUGAACCCGUAGCAGAUUAUGCAGUGAUGGAUGACGUGUAUCAGGUGAGAGUGUCGGAGUGAGGAGGUAAAGGCACUGGGCUUCUCAGGCACUGAGGAAAACUUUGCUUUAGUUCUGCUUUAACGGGACGGACGUCGGGCGAAGAUCACACAAGCUUGAAUUUGUCAAGUGUCCAUACACAAAUAAGUGCUUUUUUUUUUUUUUUUUUUUUGGUUUGGUUUGUUUUUUAGUAGGUUUUCCUUGAUGCAACAGUGACUGUGUUGAAAAUCUGCUGUUUUUUUUUUUUUUUUUUUUAAACUUCCCAGUACGUUGUCCAGGACUUUGUGCUCGUGCUCCUCGGCCUGACUGCAGGAGGUGUUGGAGGCUCGGCGGCUCGGCCUCGGUCGGCUCGGCCCGUCCUGACUCUGCGCUCCGUUUUAGACUCCUUUUUUUAUAACCACAUUAAAACAUGAAAGACACUUUGUCUUCUCUUCUCCUUUGCGUUCCCGUGACGUCCAAGCUUGUGGUCUCACUGCGGUUUCUUCCGACACAUCAAACAAAUGCACGAGGAAAUAGCAAAUAUCAAGUACUACAAAUGUAACUGCUCUUCAUGUCUGAACAUUUAUUACCUCAGCAACAAACUUGUAGAAAUAUCCUCCAUGUGGCGUUUAGAGGUAGAGAGCUCCACGCUGUGUACAGGCUCAUUUCCAUGACAAGUGACAAACACAGUGCAGGCAGUGCUAUGUACUAUUCUUUUCACUCUUAUUUCAUAUGGACAAUAAAGAUAUUUUCAAAUCAC